AUGCCACUGGAACUGGUGUUCCAAAACUGCUGCGAGCAGCGGGAAGAACUCGGGGAUGACGUCACGCUGCAUCCUUCCUUCCCUGCCCGGCAUGAGGAUGGUGCUCAAUGCACGCAUUCCACUUUUACAAACCUUCCGGAAGGUGAUGAAGCUUUGGUUCACCCUUCACUCCAGGGCGAAGUAACCGGUCCCAGUGAGACGGAUGGCGAGAAGCCUGAAAUUCCUACAAUGCCCCCAGCUUCUUCACCCGAUCUCACAAGCUUCGAUGCUUUGGAUGCAACGCUGAUGCGCGGGAUUCCGCUGCGCCAGACGCUGCAGUGGGGAGCUCAUCUUUGGCUUUCUGAUCCACGGUCCAUGCGUGCCUUUCAGAAGGCCCGGCUUUGGGAUGCUUCCAAGCCAACGAAGAGGUAUGACAAGUUUAUAUCGCACACGUGGGAAACCCACGGCAGAUGGAAGCAGCUAUCUCUUCUUCUCCAUUUCGGCUGGCCUAGCAUGAUGAUAUUUUGGGCCGUCGGGGCAGUGAUUGCUGCCGUUCUUGUACUACUCGAGGUGUUGCCGCUCUUCACUGUCUUUCAACUGCCGUUGCCGGCUAUAUGGCCUGGCAUACAUGGCACUUCCGUCCCAUAUGGUUGCUGGUUGAUGCUGCUGUCCCUGACUGGCGCCAUGGGAGGGCUCGUGGUCUUCCCCUACUUCCCCCUGGCAUCUGAGAUUUGUUUCUUAGAUUUCGUAUGCGUUCACCAGACGGACGACAGGAAAAUGCAGCAGGGGAUCAGGUCUAUCGGAGCAUUCCUGGCGUCUGCUUCGGAACUGCGCGUGCUUUGGAGCGCGCCUUACCUGCAGAGGUUGUGGUGUGUCUUCGAACUAGCCGCAUAUCGCAAGCUCAACCCGAAUGGGAGGAUAGUGAUAUCACGGAUCAUGACGGAGGUUGCUGUUCUUCUCUCGUUCGCUUGGGUGCAGUUGGUCGUUGUGGGAUUCUGGGUUGCGCGCUCGGGUCCAUACGGUGGCGAACCCUGGCGGUUGCUGGUGGUGAUCGUCUGCGCGGGCUUGCCGACCCUUGCUUCAAUGUCGUAUGCAGCAGUGCAGAAGCAAGAUGCCGACGAAGAGUUGAGGAGCCAGCUGACAAACUUCGACGUGAUGACCGUAAAGUGCAGCAGCGAGUUUGAUAGACAAUGCAUCCAUGAUGCCAUCACCAGAUGGUACGGCAGCCUGAGUGCUUUCAACGACUACAUACGCGGACCCUUUUGCCUUGAAGUACUUCAGCUUAGACGUAGCCAACGCGGCAUUGAAGGCCACUACUUCAUUGUCUUGCUGCUGCCGACCAGCAGUUUCUUUCUGGAGGGGUCGUUAGCAGUCUUAAUGUCCGGGGUCCCGGGUGAAGUAUCGAUAAGCCUCUUCCUUGCCGCGGUGGUGUGCUUCAACCUGAUGUGGAUUCCAUCUGUCGUCGUAUUGGGAGCUCACCUCACCCAGCACGGAGUCCGAGUGGGCAGAUUCAGAUUGAGGCCUUCCCUCUUGGAGCCACUCCUGAUCUUCGUUCUGUGCGUCAUUCUUCUAGCAGUUGGGAUCGGGGCCACAGUUGCCGCCGUUGCCAACGGCAUACCCGCGGUAAUACUGUGGAACAUCGUGGGUCUAGUCUUUGCUGCAGUGACUUGGAUGAAAUGCUUUCGAGUCUAA